AUGAGUCUGAACGAGUGGGAGGGUGAUAACCAACCAAUGGCAGAGUUGAGUCCUGCCCAAACUACCAGAGCCAUCUGCACAAGAGCCCUCCUGUCAGACAGCAGCCGGGAUCCCACUCGAGUCUGGGGGCCGCUCUCCGGACAGGGCCGAGGCGGUUCGGCCGCCCAAGCCAGACCAAAAAGGGUUUCCCCCAAGAGCCUCUUGUCCCGGCUCUAUAACUGGUCAGAUCGCCCGGCCAGGGCAGCCUUCUGCUUCCCGAAAGAGCGCGUCAGGAACCGCAGCGCGGCCUGUCUUUGCUUGCAGCGGUGGAAGAAAAGCUGGUUUGUGCUGUACCCAGCAAGUCCUCACGGAGUUGCCCGUUUGGAGUUCUUCGACUGCAAGGAGGGGGCUGCUCCAGCUGACCGGAUCAACACCAAGAGGCUGGACAAGAAGAUUGUGCGGCUGGCAGACUGUGUGAGUGUGGCUCCUGCCCUGGACUGCACCCCCAAGGAGGGCUUGGCUGCCUUCUGCCUGGAGACCAGCAGCCGCACGUAUGUCUUCGCUGCCGAGCCACAGGAGGCGGCUGACUGGGUGGCGAAGCUCUGCGAGGCAGCCUUUCUGACUAACCCUGGGAAAAUGACCCCGUCUGCUACGGAGACCGCUGGAGAACGGGACCUGGAAAUGGCCACAAACUCCAUUUACUGCUCCAGAGAAGAAGUGAAUGAGUUCUGGGUCACCGUACAGAAAACCGAAGCUGCCGAGCGCUGCAAGCUGCAAGGGAUGUACGUGUUGAAGGCCUCUUGGAACCAGCUCGUCCUGAGGGAGGCCCACUCCAGCCUGCCCCUCUACACAUGGCCUUAUCGCCUCCUCCGCAGAUAUGGCAGGGACAAGGUGAUGUUCUCCUUCGAAGCUGGCCGGCGCUGUGAAUCCGGUCCCGGCAACUUCACCUUUGAGACCAAGCAGGGCAACGAGAUCUUCCACGUGGUGGAGGCUGCCAUUCAGGCUCAGAAGGCCCAGGUGGAGGAGCAUCGGCAGAGCAACAGCUCCCUUGAGAUGGAGGCCCCUGGCGUCUCCUACCUCCAGAGUGCCGUGGCCCACUCCCUCAGCCUGGAGGGGGAGGGCGCUGCUGCCUCGGAGAGACGGGCCCCCAGGAGCGCCCUGACAGCCAGGCCCAGCGUCGCCGGGGAGGAGAAGGAAGCUGCCGUGCCCAAAGGGCAGAACCAGUGGCCUCUCCCCUCCCUCCGGCCUCCCCCCUCUGGGAUGCCUGGCUCUUUGGAGGACACCACCAACGUCUACUCUGAGCCUCUGGAUGCGGUGAAGGGCUCGCGGCUCCGGCCGGACUCCCUCUACGCUGACCCCAUUGACAGCCAGCGUGAGGAAGAAGGGCCGGGCCGGGGCUCCAGCCUGGUGGAGGAGCAGCCCAGGCCAUGGACUGGCGGGGGCCAUGGGCUCCCGAGCGGCAAGCAGCACAUCUACGAUGAGCCUGAGGGAAGGGCCCCGUGGCCCACCCCCACUUCGGCCGCCAUCUAUGACGAGGCACGCCUCCCCUGCGAGGCCUGGCGGACUCAGGGCUUGGAGGGCCAAGCUGGCUAUGAGUUGCCAUGCCUUCCCGGAACUGGUGAUUAUGCUGUCCCUGCCUUCCACCAAAAGGCCGGGCUGAAACCCCCCAGGCCGAGCCCCGCCCCCAAGCCUCCCCGGGCGCACAAGAAGUCCGCUCAGCCAGAGGCCAGCAAGCCCAGAGCGGCUGCCACGCAGGGCCCGGAGGGGCUCCGUAACAGCAACAACAGCAACAACGGCAGAGACCUCCUCUACAGCCGCGUGCUCAAGCCGCCUUCGGCCCCCGGCCCCCUGGGACCUGAGCAGUCUGUGGAUGAGAACCGGCCAGCUGCUGUGUACGAAGACCUGGGGGAGAUCUGA